CAAUUCGAACAAGAGGCUGACGCGGAAGUCUAAAGCCGCACCGUUUUUUCAAUAACCGGCAUGUAAAUACUACUUGAUAGCGUUUUGCAUCGACAACGCUAACGUGGAUUUAAUGUCAGCAAUAGCUUAUUUCGAGGUGUUGAACCUUGCUUAGCUUCAAUAUUAGCCGAUAGCUGCCUUGCGUGUGGCUUUAAUGUGUGUGCUCAUAUGAAACGGUGUCCCAAUUGAUCUGCUAAGAUGCUGCCCAACGGUCCAAAGCUGCUGCUCCUGCGGCUAUUUUCCUGUGUAACUUUUAUUUUACUUUUUCAAGUCACUGACGCCAAGAAGGAUUUAAAAAGCGCCUGUUCCACCUGUCAGCAAAUCACCGAUAAUUUCAACAAGGGCUUUGACAGAACAGCGCGGCAGAACUUCGGAGGGGGGAAUACCGACUGGGAGGAGAGAACGCUGUCUAAAUAUGAGACGAGCGAGAUCCGUCUGAUGGAGAUCGUGGAGGGGCUGUGUGACAGCAGCAGCUUCGAGUGCAACCACAUGCUGGAGGAGCACGAAGACCAUUUAGAGACCUGGUGGUUCAAGAGGAAAACAAAACAUCCUGAUCUGCGUAAAUGGUUCUGCAUCGACACCAUCAAAGUGUGCUGUCCGACGGGAACGUUUGGACCGGACUGCAAAGCCUGUGUCGGCGGCUCUGAUUCACCUUGUCACGGAAACGGACAGUGUGAUGGAGACGGAACUCGCGGAGGCAACGGAAAGUGCAGCUGUGACGACGCCUAUGAAGGGGAGUUCUGCCUGGACUGCAUCGACGGCUACUUCAACGAAGUGAGGAACGCCACCUUCUCUCUGUGCACAGAAUGUGACCCUUCCUGCAAAACCUGCACUGGAGCGACCAAUCGGGACUGUGAUGAGUGCAAGGACGGCUGGCAGGACGACGACGACGAAGCUUGUGUCGAUGUAAACGAGUGCUCCGCAGACCCUUCCCCGUGUGAGGAAGAUCAAUACUGCCUUAACACGCAAGGCUCUUACUCCUGUGCAGCUUGUGACAAAGUGUGCUCCGGUUGCACCGGGGCCGGUCCUGAUAAGUGCCAGGCUUGUGCCACCGGGUACCAAGACACAGAGGGCACCUGCACAGAUGUUGACGAGUGUUCCCAGCCAGAGGCCGUAUGCACCAAAGAACACGAGCAGUGUGUCAACACUGAAGGCAGCCAUGUGUGCAUCUGCUCCAGUGGUUAUGAGAAGCAAGAGGGCGAGUGUGUCCAAACGAUGCAGCCUGAAAAAGAAGAGGAGUCAGAAGCGUCUGAGACGACCACGAGUGCACACCUGGAGCUUUGAUUCAAAGACCGAGACGCAUCAGGAACUCUGCACAUCUGAAGACACGCAUUUUUAAUAUGUCGAGUACAUGUGCUAAAUGUACAAGAUGCACUUGUGCUGGCCAAGCAAGUUUUUCUCCAGCAGUGGAUCAUGGAUUAAUGGACAAAAACAGACAUUUUAUGCCCUCAAUACCCAGGUCUUUGUUGCUUCCUGUGGUCUGAUCAAAGUACCACUUGUUGUCUUUAUUUUGUUGUUUUAAAAACAAAGGUCCAAUAAAGUUGAAUUAAAUAUA